UGGUCAUUUGGCUGUUCUUCUACUUUUUUUUGGCUGUUCUACUACUUUUACCAACGGAGGAGGAAUCAUCACUACCAUUUUUUUUGGGGCAAAGAAAUAGUACUGCUACAUGAAUGAUGAAUCCUUCAGCACCUCUUCAUCGUUCUCCCUCUCAAACUCCUUUUGUAAAUCAAAUUUUGGCUGCAAUAAUAAAAAACCAACCUUUUGAAACAAGCAUUUCAACCUCAGCCUCAGUGCAAAACACCCCACAAGCCAAAAUUCCAAUUUGGACAACAGAAACAGUUACUGAAGUUCUAAGAUUCAUCCCAAGAUUCCUGUUUCAAUCCCCGAGAUCAAUUGGCAGUCAAAAGGGCUUUCGCCACCGGGCACCACUGAGACAAAGAAGCCUUAAGAUUGAAUCAUUCAAAGCUCAAAAGGGUAUACUCGUUCUUGGCCCUGCUGCUCAUAGAAACCAAGAAAAAAUCAAUCUUGGAUUGAAAAAAGCUACUGACUUUUACUAUUGGGUUGAAUCCCAUUUUGGGUUUAUUCACAGUGAGUUUACUUGCAAAGAAAUGGCCCUUGUUUUGGUAAAGGGGAUUAGCUUAAAACCCCUUUGGGAAUUUCUUAGAAAGAUGUCAAGAAAAGGGAUUGUUAAUACUUCUAUUAUGACUUGUGUCAUUAAGGUUUUGGGGGAAGAGGGAUUGGUUAAUGAAGCAUUGGCUGCAUUUUAUAGGAUGAAGCAAUUUCAUUGUAAGCCUGAUGUUGUUGCAUAUAAUACCAUGAUUCAUGCCCUUUGUAGGGUUGGGAAUUUUAAGAAAGCUAAGCUUUUGUUGGAACAAAUGGAGUUGCCAGGUUUUAGAUGUCCUCCUGAUACCUUUACUUAUACAAUUUUGAUUAGUUCUUAUUGUAGAUAUGGUAUGGAAACUGGUGUUAAGAAAGCCACCAGGAGGCGUUUGUGGGAGGCGAAUCACUUGUUUCGUAUAAUGAUGUUUAAAGGGUUUGUUCCUGAUGUUGUGACUUAUAAUUGUUUGAUUAAUGGAUGCUGUAAGACUUAUAGGAUAGAGAGGGCAUUGGAGUUGCUUGAUGAUAUGAUUAAGAGAGGCUGUUUGCCUAAUAGGGUUACUUAUAAUUCUUUUAUCAGGUAUUACAGUGCAGUGAAUGAAAUUGAUAGGGCAAUUGAGAUGCUGAAGAAAAUGAAAGAACUGAAUCAUGCAACCCCAACAACUAGUUCAUAUACUCCGAUAAUUCAUGCUUUCUGUGAAGCAGGAAGGGUUGUGGAGGCAUGGGAUUUUCUAGUUGAGUUGGUAGAGCAAGGAUCAAUUCCCAGAGAGUAUACAUAUACGUUAGUUCAAGAUGCUUUAAAGUCUUCAAGUCAGAUCAAUGUUUUAGACAGAAAAUACUGCAAGAAAAUUGAAGAGGGUAUUCAGAACAGAAUCACUCAAGUAAUGAAGAUGAAACCAAUUUUGAAGCGUGAAACCAAUCUGUACCCAUGGAAAUGUCUGGAGAUGAAUGUCAUGUAAAGUGUAAACAAAAGGAUAGAGAUUUUAUUGUCUGAUAUAAGUUUCAAUGGUUACAUACAAUGUACUUUUGGUUGUUAAAAUUUGUUUAACCCAGGGCCAAAUAUUUCAGUAAUCAAAGGCAAGGACACUUCUGCU